AUGGAUGUCGGCAAUCAUAACAGAUCGGCUCUCGAGAAUGGAUUGUGUUCCGGAAAUACUGAAAAACACGGUAAUGCCAACACAAAUAUCAAGAACCAGACGUAUGAAAAGAAAUCUGUUAGGAAUUAUGGCGUAUUUCUUACACUGCUAUCCGGGAUACUUAGUUCAACCACGUCUGUCGCCAUUAAGUCGUCAACUGAGGUCACGUUCAUUGAGGCAUCGUUUUGGCGGGCAGUAAUGAAUUGCAUUUGUGUCUAUGUGUACCUGAAAUUGUUCACCAAGCAGAAUAUUUUUGGAGACAAGAUUUCAUUAUUGCUUUCAAUACGUGGGAUGUGUUACGCAUUGGGGAUUGUAAUGUCGUUUAUAGUUCGGCAAAAUAUUCCUUUAGGUGAUUCUGCUGCAAUAUCAUCAACAUCCACAGUAACUACUGGGGUACUUGGCACUAUUCUCUUGAAAGAAAGGUUGACGUUUAAGGAGUUUAUGAUGUCUGUACUCUGUUUCAUCGGUGCUGUGUUCGUCUCAAAACCGACUUUUAUCUGGGGAACCAACCUUGAGCUUCACACACUGUAUGUCGCUUUAGGCAUCUGUUCAGCAUUCAACACUUCAUGCGUCUAUCUCUUGGUCAGAAGAAUUAGCCAAACUGUGAAUGUAGCCCGACUGCUUUUCUUGACAUUCGCUAUUGCAAGUUGCCUGUUAUUUGUCAUUAUGAUUACAGUGGACGGUUUACACAUUCCUUCAGUGACUUCCUUCAAAUACUUGAUUCUACUCACUUCAGCAGAAAUGUUGUCACAGGUGCUAGUCAGCAAGGGGUUACAGAUGGAAAAAGCAGCAUCGGUCGUAGUUUCGAAGAAUGCCGGAAAUAUCGUCACCUCAUUCCUGUCCGGCAUUGUAAUAUACGGAAACACUCCAUCCUUUUCCAGUAUCAUCGGCGCAUCGUUAAUCGUAGUUUCAACGAGCAUUAUUAUUAAAAAUAAGAUACAAAAUAAGACCAAGAGUGCGAUUUAA